GCUGUCUUGGGGAAUCACCUGAAACCGCAGUGGCUACAGACAACCUCUGAACCGCUGGAGUCCCCUGCAGCCGUCACAGGGCAAGAUGUGGCCAACCUGUUAUGUUCUGUGCCUAUUUCCACAACCCUUCAGGCAGUUUGCCUCUGCCUCUGAAGGCACACUAUACACUUUCCUGGACAACUCACGGGGGCCUCUACGUGAGGUCCAUCAUCAUACACUGUCUUUACAGACAAGAUGCACCUUCUCCAGGAGCACAGAUGGCUUUUCCCUGCCGCAGGUCCCUGACUCCCAAGACUCUGGCCUGCCUCCUGGUGGGCGUGAGUUUCUUGGCACUGCAGCAGUGGUUCCUCCAGGCUCCAAGGUCCCCGCAGGAGAAGAGGUCCCUGCUGGAGGAGAGGUCCCAGCAGGAGGAGACGCCAGAGGGUCCCACCGACGCUCCCUCGGCGCUCACCCCCGGGCCCCCGUGCGUGGCCAACACCUCGGCGAACGCCACGGCCAACUUCGAGCAGCUGCCCCCGCGCAUCCAGGACUUCCUACGGUACCGCCACUGCCGCCACUUCCCGCUGCUUUGGGACGCACCGGCCAAGUGCGCCAGCCGCCGCGGUGUCUUUCUGCUCCUGGCCGUGAAGUCGGCGCCUGCGCACUACGAGCGACGCGAGCUCAUCCGGCGCACUUGGGGGCAGGAGCGCAGCUACGGCGAGUGGCCAGUGCGCCGCCUCUUCCUACUGGGCACCCCCGGUCCCGAGGACGAGGCGCGCGCCGAGCGGCUGGCGGAGCUGGUGGCGCUGGAGGCGCGCGAGCACGGCGACGUGCUGCAGUGGUCCUUCGCGGACACCUUCCUCAACCUCACGCUCAAGCACCUGCACCUGCUCGACUGGCUGGCUGUGCGCUGUCCGCACGCGCGCUUCCUGCUCAGUGGCGACGACGACGUGUUCGUGCACACCGCCAACGUAGUCCGCUUCCUGCAGGCGCAGCCACCGGGCCGCCACUUGUUCACCGGCCAGCUCAUGGACGGCUCCGUGCCCAUCCGCGACAGCUGGAGCAAGUACUUCGUGCCCCCGCAGCUCUUCCCCGGGUCCGCUUACCCGGUAUACUGCAGCGGCGGCGGCUUCCUCCUGUCCAGCCUCACGGUCCGGGCCCUGCGCGCGGCCGCCCUCCACACCCCGCUCUUCCCCAUCGACGACGCCUACAUGGGCAUGUGUCUGGAGCGCGCCGGCCUGGCGCCCAGCGGCCACGAGGGCAUCCGGCCCUUCGGCGUGCAGCUGCCUGGCGCGCAGCAGUCCUCCUUCGACCCCUGCAUGUACCGCGAGCUGCUGCUGGUGCACCGCUUCGCGCCAUAUGAGAUGCUGCUCAUGUGGAAGGCGCUGCACAGCCCCACGCUCAGCUGUGACCGGGGACACCGGGUCUCCUGAGGCCGGGUGGAUGGCUUCAGCCCCGGGACUCCACCCGUGACGGUGUCCAUGCUGAGAAGGCAGCUUUCCCGCCCUGAGUACCAUACGUCCUGCCCAGCUCUGUGCACCUGAACCCCAGCUGCGCACUGAAAUCAGCUGGGGUGGGGGGUGUGGGAAAUGCCCACAUCCUGGCUCCAUCUCCCGAAGUUUCUAUUUGAUUAGUCUGGGGUGGCCCCAGACAUGUUAAGGAUUUUUAAAGUUCCUCCGGUGAUGCGAAUGUGUGGUUAGGCCUGAGGACAGCUCGGCUAGACUGUCUGUUCAUCCUUGCAAACCCAACUCCACUGCCCUCUCUGCAAGCCUUCCCAGGCACCUCGCUCCGACACUUGGGUCCUCGUGAGCAGUGAAGCAAGGGAGACCUGGGAGCGUGGGAGCCAGGAUCAGCGUCCCCUGCCUUGUGCAUGCAAAUGUCAGUUGCCAUUUCCACUGUUUCCCCUACAAGUGAGUGGAGCUGGGCUGACAGUGGUCAGGAGGAUCCCGCUUCCCCUCCCGCCAGAAGUCAGCCAACAUGCAACUGAGGCGCAUGUGGCGGCCUUCCUCCCACCACUGCCCCAGUACAACCGUGAGGUAGAAAUCCUCACCGUGCAAAGUGGAAACCAGAGGCCUGGUCAGACAGUGACUAAUCCAGGGCCAUGGCAUUCCCAGACAGCACACCAUUGUGGUCCCCUCCACACUCACCCCACCCAAAGCUAAUGGCCUGGUUGGGUACUGCCCGCCAAUACUCACCCCCACGGGUCAGAAACAGGCUCCUUGCCAGGGUCUGGAACUCAGGGUCAGUGGGUCUUGGACAACCCAGCAGGGAGUUCCGGGGAGUCCGAAGUGGAGAAACGCUGAUGGGAACAUGGAGACCAUUGUUGGGGAAUCUGUGGAGGCAGGUGUGUAGAAUUGUGUUGGGGAGGUGGGGGAUCUAAGACUGAGAUGAACAGUGGUUAAGAGUGUGGGGCCAGGCGAGAAGGCUCACACCUGUAAUCGUAGCACUUUGGGAGGCCGAGGCGGGCAGAUCACGAGGUCAAGAGUUUGAGAGCAGCCUGGCCAAUAUGGUGAAACCCCGUCUGUACUAAGAAUACAAAAAUUAGCUAGCCGUAGUGGCUCAUGCCUGUAAUCUCAGCUAUUUGGGAGGCUGAGCCAGGAGAAUUGCUUGAACCUGGGAGGCAGAGGUUGCAGUGAGCCAAGAUCGUGCCACUGCACUCUAGCCUGGGCGACAGAGCAAGACUCCAUCUCAAAAAAA